AACUUUCUCGCCCAAACAAACAAGAACCAAGUCAUUUUCCUCCCGAGAAACCGAGGGAAAAUGAGAGCCUCCACUUUCUUUCAGAAACUAUGGAGGAGAAGAAUACAAUCGCCGAGCUCUAUUUCACUGUCCAAGUCCUUUUGUACCGAUAACGGCGAUGGUCUCCAGAGCUCCAGGGUGAAGAUCUUCGACCGCCAUCUCAAACGCAAACAGCGUGACCGAGCCGCCUGGUUGAUGCGUCCAAAAGACUCCUUUGUGGAUGCUGUGGCUGAGAAUGUAUUAGAUCGUCUAGAGGACUGCAGAAAGUCAUUUCCUACUGCAUUAUGCCUAGGGGGUUCAGUAGAACCCAUCAGGCGUUUGUUACGUGGUCGUGGAGGCAUCGAGAAGCUUAUUAUGAUGGAUACAUCAUAUGACAUGUUAAAAGUGUGUAAAGAUGCUGAGAUUGAUAGAAGGGAUAAAGGGAUCGAAACCUCCUUUGUUGUUGGUGAUGAGGAAUUUUUGCCUGUUAAAGAAAGUUCUCUAGAUCUGAUAAUAAGUUGCUUGGGCCUCCAUUGGACUAAUGAUCUCCCUGGAGCAAUGAUACAGAGUAGAUUGGCAUUGAAGCCUGAUGGCCUGUUUUUAGCAGCUAUUCUUGGUGGAGAAACCUUAAAGGAGCUGAGAAUUGCUUGCACAGUAGCACAAAUGGAGCGUGAAGGGGGCAUCAGCCCGCGAGUAUCACCUUUGGCACAGGUGCGAGAUGCAGGAAACCUUUUGACCAGGGCAGGCUUUACCCUUCCAGGUGUUGAUGUUGACGAAUAUGUGGUUAAAUAUCAAAGUGCUUUGGAGCUAAUAGAACAUCUGCGUGCAAUGGGUGAAACUAAUGCUCUUCUACAAAGAAACAAGAUCCUAAAAAGAGAAACAUCCCUGGCAACUGCAGCUAUCUAUGAUUCGAUGUUCGGUGCAGAAGAUGGUACAAUACCAGCCACUUUCCAGGUUAUUUACAUGACAGGGUGGAAGGAGCAUCCAUCUCAACAGAAGGCCAAAAGGAGAGGUUCUGCCACCAUAUCCUUUAAUGACAUUCAGGAGCAGUUUGGUAGUGGAAGUUGAUUUGUUUGUGUUUAUUUGUAUGUGCAGAUUUCAAAUGGCUUUUACUUUUUUAAAUCAAAGUGAAUAAUUCCAUCAGGUAGUGCAAAAUCUGUGCACUUGGUCAAUAGUUGUUCCCAAAACCUUUUUGUCCCUUUUUUCUAAAGAAAAAAAUUUCCC